UCUGUUCCAUUUUCCUUUGCAGAGCUAUCAAGUCCAACAAGACCAGUGAAGCAUGCACAUCUAUUUCAUUCUAAUUAUAGGUUCAAACACAGAAAAAAGUCGGUCAAUGCAAAAGGUUCGCCGAAAGAAGUUAUUGUCAAAGUGAACGGACAAAAUGUAUACUCCAGUAAUCCACAAAGUACAAACUCCACUAGUGGAGCCACACCGACCACACCGACUUCACCAAUUUCAGUAACAACGCUUGCCCCACAAACGCAUAACAUAAACCUUCACAUUAACCUUACUAAGGCUUCGAAUCCUCCUGAAGAAGAAAGUAACCGACCAAUUAUUGUAGCUGCACCGCCUAAACCCCAGCCAGUUGUGGCCCUUUUGCCUGCAAUAGCAUCUCAACCUGCACUGACGCCCGCUGUUGUACCUCAAGUUCAACCUCCUGCACCACAGCCUGUUCCCCCUGCCACAACAGCACCACCUGAAAAGAAGGGUGAAUCAAGUCUUAGUAAGAUAUUACUGACAGCUGCUUUAUUAAAAAGUCUAACGGGAUCAGACUCCUCCGAAAGCACGACAGAAGGUUAUCCUUCUGCGCUUCAAAACCUUUUAAUGCCUAAUACGUCUCCACUCAGCGCGUUGCUGGCCCAAGGUGGAUGGCCACCGUUUGGUUAUCCCCAAGCCGCAUCUCGACCAAUGGGAUAUCCACGACUAGGAUACCCUCAAUCUGGGGUUCCAGCGUUGGGGAAUCCAGCAUUGGGAUAUCCAGCUGCUGGGACAAACAUGGGGUAUCCCGCUGUUGGUGCAAACAUGGGAUAUCCGGCUGUUGGGGCAAACAUACGGCCUCCGACUGUUGGUACAAACCUGGGAUAUCCAGCUGUUGGUGCAAACAUGGGAUAUCCGGCUGCUGGAACAAACAUGGGAUAUCCGGGUGUUAGUGCAAACAUAGGGCCUUCGACUGUUGGUACAAACAUGGGGUAUCCGGCUCUUGGUUUGAACAUGGGAUAUCCUGCCGGUGGGAACCCAAACUUGAGAUAUCCUGCCGCUAGCAAUCAAAACAUGGGAUAUCCUGCCAUCAGGAACCAAAAUAUGGAACAUCCUACCGGUAGUUAUCAACCUGCCAGUUGGAACCCAAACUUAAGAUAUGGUGACAAUGGUAAGGAAAAUAUAGGAGAUCUUGCCGGCGGAAGCCAAAACAUGGGUUAUCCUGCAGGAGGUACUCAGAACAUGGCAUAUCCUGGCGGUGGGAGCCAAAGCAUGGAUGUAGCAGCACCAACAGUACCAAACUUUCUUAGUGCACUCUCUCCGACACCGCCUACUAAUCUUCUUCAGAACCCUAGUGCAUCGUCAGGGGGCGCAAAUCCGCCGUUCCCAGGUCCGAAGGUUCUCCCUAAUUUGAGACCCCUCGGGUCUUUAGGGACUCAGAGCCAAAGCGCUGUUCCAUUGUCCGCUCCAACGCCUCAAGUGCAACCUAUUGCAGCACCUGUAGGUAUGCCUGGGGCAGUCACUGGAAUUGGUCAAGCUCAAGCACAAGCCCAAGCUCAAGCUCAAGCUCAAGCUCAAGCUCAAAGCCAAGGCCAAGGUCAAAGUCAAGGCCAAGGCGUUGGUAUGGGUCUUCCCGCGAGUAGUUUAACAGUUCCGUCGACAUCUACAGGUGUUCCUGGAAUUGAUCCUAUGAGUUCUUGUUGGUGUGGAUGUGAGGCGGACUGCUCGCAUCCAUGCGACCUAUGCAAUGCUGGCGCUGCCAACUACUACAACUAUAAUAAUAACAAUAAUAACGGUAAUCAAAACAUCGUGGGUACCGUUUAUCCUACCAAUACUGGCUAAACUACGUCAUAGUUAAUAUGACUUUGGCACUUGGGUACGUAGGCCCUAAUUGGAUAGGACAGUUUACAUCUAAACUCGAACAGUUGCGACAAUCUCCAUUUGAGCGAUAUGCUGAGCUGCACAAUCUCUGAACAAAGGCUAUUACUGCAAAGAAACCUCUCCUUAUAUCAUUACUACUACGUACGUAACUUUUUUACAAUAAACGAUAGACGACACUCUUUUUUAGCGUAGUGUCAUCUAUCAACGAUAUGCGACAUUCUAUAACCAUAACAUGAAUGCCUUUCUGACCUGCAUGAAAUGAGCUGUUACUCCGCAUGAAAAAAUGAAGGGUAGGAAGAGUUAAAUGAUCUGAAAGCUCAGGAAUGUCCCUAAAAGACAUAAACAACACCAGACCUUUUUAUACGCCAAGCGAAAUUAUUUUACUACUGGUUAGUGGCCUCACGAGGAUUCGCCUCAUUUCGUCUCAUUUCGUCUCGUUUUCGUCUCGUUUUGUAUUCACACGAAAAAAACUUCAACCGUCUGACUGAGUCCUCGAAAUGUUAGUGUUAGUUCGUUUCUGUUUUAGUCUGCAUUCCCAUGUUCAGUUAAUGUCUUCUUUAUCAUUUCCUUUUGCACCGUGGUAGCUGUCGCUGCUAGCCAUUCCGUUAGCGUUUAUAUGUAUUAAAC